UAGAUGAAGAGAGGAGAGGUGACCCUGAGACCGCAUCGGCGCGGUCUCAAAAACAUCUGGGCUCUUCCCACGAGGAAACAGAGAAAGAACUAGAUAUAAACAGCGCCACCAAUACCAUGGAACCUGGCGACCAGGAAUCUACGCGACAAAAGAUCCGUAGUCGCUCUGACCAUGGUUGCUCCAAAUCCCGGCGUGCGAGAACUGCCUUCACUUAUGAACAGCUGGUGGCGCUGGAGAACAAAUUCCGCGUCACACGAUACCUGUCCGUUUGUGAGCGCCUCAACCUCGCCUUGUCUCUCAGCCUGACUGAAACCCAGGUCAAGAUCUGGUUUCAGAACAGAAGAACUAAAUGGAAAAAGCAAAACCCGGGGGCUGACAGUGCAUUACAGCCCGGAUCGAACUCUUCGGUCACAGUCAGCACAAGCCCUGCGCCAUCUGGACCAAGUGCACUAAACUACCAAACUUUCAACACGUACAAUUCUGGAAAUAUGGUCUGCCACACAGCUGGUGCAGUUCCACUGGCAUCCACCGGAGGGCAUUUGAAUCCCUACGUGCAUGGCAGCUUCAUUCAGCCAAUAUACUACACUCCACAUUUAUGAAGGCUGUAUUUUCAUAUAAUUAAUUCGGGACUUGUAAAAAAUGUAAAUACAUUUCCAAGGCAUUGUUUAUUUGUUUGUGUACAAACGUUUUAUGCAUAUAUAUGACGUUACGUUCAAAUUAAGGACUUGCUGCCAGCUGUUUGUUAUAACACAUUCUUCACUUAUUGACCUGUGCUGAGCAUGAAAGAUAAAUGUUCCACUCACAACGUUUCUCCCCUCCCUCGUUCCUUAACACACCUUUUCUGUUUAUUCUGUAUUGGGUCAUUGCCUAAAUUAAAAUUUUGUCACAUGUAUCUAUAAUCCAUUAUGCUCACAUUCAAUACAUCAACACGAACAAGUUUAUAUUCU